CUUUUCAUCCCUCUUUCUCUUUGUGUCAGGGGCCCCAGGAUGGAAACCAGCAAUCCCUGCAGCCGGAGAAGGUGGGCUGGGUGCGGAAAUUUUGCGGGAAGGGCAUUUUUCGGGAAAUCUGGAAAAACCGUUACGUGGUUCUGAAGGGGGAUCAGCUUUACAUCUCGGAGAAGGAGGUCAAAGAUGAAAAAAACAUACAGGAAACGUUUGACCUGAGCGAUUAUGAGAAAUGUGAAGAGCUCAGGAAGUCCAAAAGCAGAAGCAAGAAGAACCACAGCAAAUUUACCCUCGCUCACUCCAGGCAGCCUGGAAACACGGCACCGAAUCUCAUCUUCCUGGCUGUGAGUCCGGAAGAGAAAGAGUCCUGGAUUAAUGCCCUCAACUCCGCGAUCACACGCGCCAAGAACCGCAUCUUGGAUGAGGUCACUGUGGAGGAGGACAGCUACCUCGCCCACCCAACGCGCGACAGGGCGAAAAUACAGCACUCCCGACGCCCCCCAACGCGGGGACACCUGAUGGCUGUGGCAUCUACCUCAACCUCUGAUGGCAUGUUGACGCUCGACCUGAUCCAGGAGGAAGACGCCUCUCCGGAGGAUCACAGCACCUGCGAGGAGAGUUUCCGGGUGGACCUGGAUAAGUCGGUGGCCCAUCUCACCGCUGGCCGACGCCGCUCCGAUUCGGAGAACGUCAAGCCAUCGGAGAAAGGCCGGACGGGGAGCCUCCCGCGACGGGAGGUGACCUCCUGGGACAGAUCCGGGCAACGCAAUGACUCCUUUGAGAAAGGGACCAUGUACACACCACAGGUCCCUAAAAAGCUCUCGCACUCGGAAAAGAAUAAAUGUGCCUCCAUGGAAGAAAUUCUGUCUCGACGGGACUCUUCCACGCACCGGGCGGUGCUGAGGAGGGGGCUGGAGGCUCAGUUUGCCUCGGCAGAACCGGAGCAACUGUCCCGGAUACAAGAACUGGUUGCACUGAAACUGGAAAAAACUCAGGAACUGCUGACAGAGGUGAAGGGCUACGGGGAAGGCAAGAGAAAGACCAAGGAUUCCACCACCAGCACCACCACCGCCGCCACCACCACCACUACUACCACCACCACCUCUUCUUCUUCUUCUUCUUCCUCAUCAUCUUCCAAGUCGGACUCUGAAAGGAUCCUGCAGGAAUCGGAGAGGUUGCUGGGGGAGGCUUCUUCCACCUGGAGCCAAGCCAAGAGGGUGCUGCAGGAGAUCAAAGAGCUGAGGGACCUGUACAAACAGUUUGAACUCCAGCAGUCGGACUCGAAACCCAAACAGAGCUCACAGUCCCAGUACAGGAAGAGCAUGAUGUGAAGGCAAGCCUCGGGAUUGGGAAGGAGGUUUUGGGGGGGAAAAACAGGGGAGGGCAGCCUUUAGGUCUUUUUUUUGUUUUUUAAUUAUUAUUAUUUACAGUGUUCAAAAGAGUGAAAAGGUGCCUGUUCUCACCCAGGUUUGCUUCUCAAAGCUCGAACCCUUCCUUCCCUCCACCGCAUCCCCCGCCGAAAACCGACCCCGUGUUCCAAUAAAUUGAGUUGAUACCUCCUGUUUUUUUUUUCAAGAGCACCCCUUUGCACCGCAGGCCCCCCCCCCCAGCUUCUGUCGUGCUCGGAGGAUGGAGGAAAGCCACCAGUCCCUGGAAAAACCCCCCUGCAUGGCUGGAGCAGCACGUGCACCACGACGGGGACCGAUGCUCUUUGCGCUCUACAAGCCCUGGCUUUGCUGCUCUGACGCCCGAGCUGUACCCGGCCUUACGACCCAAGAGUCUCCUCUUUAUUCCCUUCACUGUCCUCUUGGAAAUAAACGACAAAAAAAAAAAAAAAAAAAAAAAAAAAAAAAAAAAAAAA